AUGAAGGGCACAUCUGAGCAGCCCUACCCUGAGCAGUCCUACUGCUCCGCGGGGAAACGCCUGCGAGCAACACUGAGCUCCUGCCGGAGAAGCAGCAGCUGCAGCUCAGGAAGACGCGGAGGCUCCGCCGCUUCCCGGGGCGGGCCCGGGCGCAGAGUGGGGUGCACGGCCGGAGCACCUCCUCCGGUGGCGGGGGCGGCCGGGCCCCGCGGCCAGGCGGGCGGAGCGCGCUGCCUGCCAAGGGCGGCCGGGGCUGCCGCGCAGCAUCCGCACCCUCCCGCGCAUGCUGCGCCCCCGCUAGCGUCGGGACACUGUGCGGCGGUACCCUCCUCCCUCCCUCCCUCCGCCUCUGCCGCCCCCGCCUCACCGCGUUUCGCGGUGCGGGGCAGCAGCAGCUCCGUCUUCUGCCCGCGGGAACUUUGGCCGACAGCAAACCGAAGGAUGGAGACGGCGAUUCUCAACCUGUCCCGGGCUGGGGCAGAGCCGCCACGCGGGGACUUCAACCUCUCUAGGCUGCCGGACGCGGAGGGAAAGCCUCUCUUCGGCAUUGGCAUCGAGAAUUUCAUCACCUUGGUCGUCUUCGGCCUGAUCUUCACCCUUGGGGUGCUGGGCAACUCUCUGGUGAUCACGGUGCUGUCGAGGAGCAAGCCAGGCAAGCGCCGCAGCACCACCAACAUCUUCAUCCUCAACCUGAGCAUUGCUGACCUGGCCUACCUGCUCUUCUGCAUCCCCUUCCAGUCCACGGUCUAUGUGCUCCCGACCUGGGUGCUGGGUGCCUUCAUUUGCAAGUUCAUCCACUACUUCUUCACUGUCUCCAUGCUGGUGAGCAUCUUCACACUCUCGGCCAUGUCUGUGGACCGCUACGUGGCCAUUGUGCACUCCCGACGCUCCUCAGCCUUGCGUGUUUCCCGCAAUGCACUGCUGGGUGUAGGGCUCAUCUGGGCACUGUCCUUCGCCAUGGCCUCACCUGUGGCUCACCACCAGCACCUCUUCCACCGUGAGGCCAGCAACCAGACCUUUUGCUGGGAGCACUGGCCCAACCCACGCCAUAAGAAGGUCUACGUGGUUUGCACAUUUGUCUUCGGAUAUCUACUCCCACUGCUACUAAUCUCCUUCUGCUAUGCCAAGGUUCUUAAUCAUUUGCAUAAGAAGUUGAGAAACAUGUCAAAGAAGUCAGAAGCAUCCAAGAAAAAGACAGCACAGACUGUGCUGGUGGUGGUGGUGGUUUUUGGCAUCUCCUGGCUGCCGCAUCACGUGAUUCAUCUCUGGGCUGAAUUUGGAGUUUUCCCCCUGACUCAAGCCUCCUUUCUCUUCAGAGUAACUGCACACUGCCUGGCUUACAGCAAUUCUUCAGUGAACCCGAUUAUAUAUGCAUUUCUCUCCGAAAAUUUCAGGAAGGCCUACAAACAAGUCUUCAAAUGCCAGAUAGGCAACGAGUCACCUCUGAAUGAUGCAAAGGAGAAUAAAAGUCGGAUAGAUACACCACCGUCUACCAACUGUACACACGUGUGA